UCGAGAGGGCUAGCAUGUUGGUAAUCCUGCUGAACUGCGUUACUCUGGGGAUGUUUCAACCUUGUGAGGACAGCCACUGUGACUCUGAGCGAUGCAAGAUACUGGAGGACUUUGAUGAUUUCAUCUUUGCUUUUUUUGCUGUGGAGAUGGUAAUCAAGAUGGUUGCGCUGGGCAUCUUUGGGAAAAAGUGUUACCUUGGAGACACCUGGAAUCGGCUAGACUUCUUCAUUGUGUUGGCUGGGAUGCUGGAAUACUCUCUCAACCUGCAGAAUGUUAGUUUCUCUGCGGUCCGAACGGUCAGAGUACUUCGACCUCUCCGGGCUAUCAACCGAGUACCCAGCAUGAGGAUCCUUGUGACGCUUCUGCUGGACACUCUCCCCAUGCUGGGCAAUGUGCUGCUGCUUUGCUUCUUUGUUUUCUUCAUCUUUGGGAUUGUAGGGGUCCAGCUGUGGGCCGGGCUUCUCCGAAACCGCUGCUUCCUCCCAGAAAACUUCUCCCUGCCUACCAGUCUAGACCUGCAUAACUACUACCACACAGAAAACGAUGAUGAAAACCCAUUUAUCUGUUCUCAACCACGGGAGAAUGGCAUGCGCCUGUGCACCUCCAUCCCCACGCUUCAUGAAGAGGGCCGACAGUGCCAGCUGGACAUGGCUGCAUACAAUAGCACAGACAACACCACCUGCGUCAACUGGAACAAGUAUUACACCAACUGCUCAGCCGGAGAGGCCAAUCCCUUCAAGGGGGCCAUAAACUUUGACAACAUUGGUUAUGCCUGGAUUGCCAUCUUUCAGGUUAUUACUCUGGAGGGCUGGGUGGACAUCAUGUACUUUGUUAUGGAUGCUCACUCUUUCUACAAUUUCAUCUACUUCAUCCUCCUGAUAAUAGUGGGCUCAUUCUUCAUGAUCAACCUUUGUCUAGUUGUCAUAGCGACACAGUUCUCUGAGACCAAGCAACGAGAGAGUCAGCUUAUGAAGGAGCAGAGAGUGCGCUUCAGGUCCAACGCCAGCACCCUGAAUAGCUUCUCUGAGCCAGGAAGCUGCUACGACGAGCUCCUCAAGUACCUAGUUCAUGUCAUCCGCAAGGGCACCAGGCAAAUCGGCCACCUCAUCCGGGCCGCCAGGCGCCGUGCAGGCCUGCAGAUCUGUGCUUCUCCGGUACUGGAACCACCACCCACGAAAAGACGGCAUCAGAAGCAGCGCCAGGGAUCCAUCCGUCCCAUCAUGCACCAUCAUCAUCACCUCCACCAUCACUACCAUCUGGGCAAUGGGAGCGUCCGUAUUGAUGGGGGCAGAGAAGGGGACAUCCAGAGUUCCCAAAGUGUCAAUACCAGCAACUCUGGGCAUCAUAUGCUACCUGUCAUUGUACCUCAGAAGGAGCCCCUUUGUGGGUCCCUGGGUCCCAGUGGUGCAGAAUCAGUGCAUAAUGUUUAUCAGACUGCGGGCCACCUCGAGCCGCUGCGCUGCAGCCCCUCACCUUGUUCCAUGGUGUUUCAGGCAUAUAAAAGGAACUCCGUGCCAUUUGCGGCUCCAGUACAUAAGAACUACCCCACGUUACAGUCAUCUCUGGCCUUAGAGCAGCUCAGACAGAGAAUCCUGGAGCAAGGAGGAGGCAGUUGCACCGCUAGUGUCCUUACCAACCUAAACAUCCCCCCAACUCCCAUCAACACCUCACAGUGCCUGGUGGAGACACAAGGUCCUCCUGGCAAGAUCAUCUUUAAAGAUGCGCUCAUGAAUCGCAGUGGCACAAAUUUAGACACAACUUUGACCUUUGACCCUGAGACAUGUCCGUAUUGUGCCAAAGCGAUGGCCAAUGACUCCGAGGGAGUGGAUGGGAUUGAGACGGCAGACUCUGACAGUGAGGGCGUGUACGAGUUCACACAGGAUGCUCAUUAUCGGGACAGCAGAGAUCCCAACAGGAAGAAGAAGUUGUUUGCAUUAGGAGCUCGGGCAGCAAAGGUGGUCCUUUUCUGGAGGCUGGUGUGUGACACGUUCCGUAAGAUUGUGGAUAGCAAGUACUUUGGACGAGGAAUAAUGAUCGCCAUUCUCAUUAACACACUCAGCAUGGGCAUUGAGUUCCAUGAGCAGCCUGAUGAGUUGACAAAUGCUCUGGAAAUCAGUAACAUUGUCUUCACCAGUUUGUUCGCACUGGAGAUGCUCCUGAAACUGCUGGUUUAUGGUCCUUUUGGCUACAUCAAGAACCCUUACAACAUCUUUGAUGGUAUUAUUGUGGUAAUCAGUGUCUGGGAGAUUGUUGGCCAGCAGGGAGGAGGUUUAUCGGUGCUGAGGACCUUCAGACUCAUGCGUGUGUUGAAGCUGGUCCGCUUUAUGCCCGCCCUGCAAAGGCAGCUGGUGGUCCUGAUGAAGACCAUGGACAAUGUUGCCACCUUCUGCAUGCUGCUAAUGCUUUUCAUAUUCAUUUUCAGUAUUCUAGGCAUGCACCUGUUUGGAUGUAAAUUUGGUUCUGAGAGAGAUGGAGACACACUUCCUGACCGCAAGAACUUUGACUCUUUGCUGUGGGCCAUUGUAACAGUUUUUCAGAUCUUGACUCAGGAGGAUUGGAAUAAGGUACUAUAUAAUGGGAUGGCCUCCACCUCUCCUGUGGCUGCUCUGUACUUCAUCGCCCUCAUGACGUUUGGAAACUAUGUCCUGUUCAACCUGUUGGUGGCUAUCUUGGUGGAAGGAUUCCAAACUGAGGAAGUAUCCAAGAGGGAAGAUUUGCAUGGCCAGCUGAGCUGUAUUCAGCUGCCUAUAGACUCAGGGGGUGAUGCCUCAAAGUCGAAUUCUGAAGCAGACUUCCAUGCACGGAGCUUGGAGGAUGUUUCAGGACAUAAGAAGGAUCUGUCUGCAUUAUCUGUUGUGCCCAUCAAUGGCCAUGUGGAUUUAAAGAGCAGCCUGACCCCUCCCCUCAUCACUCACACGGCUGCAACACCCAUGCCCAUCCCCAAGAUAGCAGGAGGAGGAGACCCGGUGCUAGGUGAUGAAUCCCGCAGAGGCAGCGGUGUCUCAAUGGAUCCCAAUGGCCAAGACAAAUCUCCAUCGAGUGUACGGAGCUCCCCAAAUGCCCCCUGGAGUUCAGCCAGUAGCUGGAACAGCAGACGCUCCAGCUGGAAUAGCCUGGGCCAAGUCCCCAGCCUCAAGAGGCAGAAACGCCAGUCUGGCGAACGGCGCUCCUUGCUUUCUGGAGAUGGCCAGUCCAGCUCCGAUGAGGGAGAUGCAGGAGAGAGCGCAGGCGGCGGGGGUAUGUCUGAGGGUGAUGAUGCCUCCCUCGCCAGAACGGACUCCCUGAGCCAGAGGCCUCGGCACAGGCGCAUGGAAUCCCUGGAGACACGCAGCUCAUUUGAUCUGCCUCCAGACACCCUGCAGGUGCCAUACAUGUAUCGUUCAGCCAGCAUACACAGCACCCGGCCACCCAACUUCCUCAGCAAUGGCAAGAGUUCUUCAUCAGCAGCCACCACACAGCUUUCUCUAGAUGAACACCACAGCGAGGAUGACAAUGCAGAUGAUGAAGGAAACCUGAGUCGGAUGGCUCGUCUCUACCGCUGGCUAGAGCACAAGCAGCCCCAAUGGUGUCGGGAGAGGGUCACCUGGUCUCUUUACCUGUUCCCCCCUCAAUCACGGUUUCGUGUCACCUGCAAUAAAAUCAUCAGUCACAAGAUGUUUGACCAUGUGGUUCUUCUCAUCAUCUUUCUCAACUGCAUCACUAUCGCCAUGGAGAGGCCCAGAAUCGACCCCUCCAGUGCUGAACGCAUCUUCCUGACGUUGUCCAACUACAUAUUUACUGCCAUCUUUGUGACUGAAAUGACAAUAAAGGUGGUCGCUUUGGGCUGGUGUUUCGGGAAGAAGACCUACCUGAAGAGCAGCUGGAAUAUUCUCGAUGGUAUGCUGGUGAUGAUCUCUGUGAUUGACAUCCUGGUAUCCUUGAUCUCCAACAGCGGCACUAAGAUCCUGGGAAUGCUUCGGGUGCUGCGGUUACUGAGGACCCUGCGUCCGCUCAGAGUGAUCAGCAGAGCUCCAGGACUGAAGCUGGUUGUUGAGACACUGAUGUCAUCACUCAAGCCAAUCGGGAACAUUGUAGUUAUCUGUUGUGCCUUUUUCAUUAUUUUUGGCAUCUUGGGAGUUCAGCUUUUCAAAGGAAAGUUCUUUGUGUGUCAGGGGGAGGAUACGAGGAACAUCACUAACAAGUCUGAUUGCCUCCAGGCUAGCUACAAAUGGGUCAGGCACAAGUACAACUUUGAUAACCUGGGGCAGGCCCUCAUGUCCCUUUUUGUUCUGGCUUCUAAAGACGGUUGGGUGGACAUAAUGUACGACGGACUGGAUGCUGUCGGUGUCGAUCAGCAGCCCGUCAUGAAUUACAACCCAUGGAUGCUGCUCUAUUUCAUCUCCUUCUUGCUGAUCGUGGCUUUCUUUGUGCUCAACAUGUUCGUUGGCGUGGUGGUUGAGAACUUCCACAAGUGCCGGCGGCACCAGGAGGCCGAAGAAGCCAAACGGCGUGAAGAGAAGCGCCUUAAACGCAUGGAGAAAAAAAGGAGGAAUGUAAUGCUGACCGGUGUCAGUUGGUCCAGUCCCGAUCACACACAAGAAGCCCAGAGUAAACCCUAUUACUCAGACUACUCCCCUACACGGCUUCUCAUCCACAAGAUGUGCACCAGCCACUAUCUGGACCUGUUCAUCACGAUUGUCAUCGGGCUCAAUGUCAUCACCAUGUCCAUGGAGCACUACCAACAAUCUAAGGUUCUGGACGAGGCUCUGAAGAUCUGUAACUACAUUUUCACAAUCAUAUUUGUCCUAGAGUCUGUCUUCAAGCUUGUUGCUUUUGGAUUUCGACGCUUCUUCAAGGACAGGUGGAACCAGUUGGAUCUUGCCAUUGUUCUGUUGUCUAUUAUGGGCAUAACACUGGAAGAAAUUGAGGUCAACGCUUCCCUUCCCAUCAACCCCACCAUCAUUCGCAUCAUGAGGGUGCUGCGGAUCGCUCGUGUGCUGAAGCUACUUAAGAUGGCAGUGGGAAUGCGAGCUCUGCUAGACACUGUGAUUCAGGCACUGCCUCAGGUGGGGAAUCUGGGUCUUCUCUUCAUGUUGCUUUUCUUCAUCUUCGCUGCUCUGGGAGUAGAGCUGUUUGGUGACCUGAUAUGUGAUGAGCUGCACCCCUGUGAAGGUCUCGGCCGUUAUGCCACGUUCAAGAAUUUUGGCAUGGCUUUCCUUCUGCUGUUCCGUGUAUCCACCGGGGACAACUGGAAUGGCAUUAUGAAGGACACGCUCAGAGACUGCUCCCAAGAUACAGGCAUCUGCUACAACACGGUGGUGUCCCCCAUUUACUUUGUGUCCUUCGUUCUGACGGCUCAGUUUGUGCUGGUCAAUGUGGUGAUCGCUGUGCUCAUGAAACACCUGGAGGAAAGCAACAAAGAGGCCAAGGAGGAGGCUGAGCUGGAAGCCGAGAUGGAGCUUGAGCUGGAGGCUGUGGGUGGAGAUGGAAGAAUAUCCCGAGGGCACAUGCCACCUAUGGGACAUGGUGACAUUGGUGGAUCAGGAGGGUCACCUUGGAUCUCAAGAGACUCUCGAGAUAUCUCGGGACCUCUUUACCCCACAGACAGCCCACCUGCAGACAUACGCAGAGACUCUGAAGAUCACAUGAAGACUGAUCCCGAUCCUCCUCAUAAUUUGGAGCCGCCAUUAGAGCGGAGGCCUAUGUUUGACUCAGUUUCCCUGGUGAUCCAGGGCUCAUUGGAAGGAGAGCUCAGCCUCAUGGACAACCUAUCCGGCUCCAUCUGCCACUACUACGCUCUGCCCCCCCUUCACAGCAAGCACUGCACUGAGAAACAGAUUCCUCUAGCCGAGAUGGAGGCUCUAUCUCUGGCGUCGGAGAAAUCCUGGUCCUUAGCUCUGACGGAUGACUCUGUCCCAGAUGAUUUUAACCCCCUCUUACUAACCAGUCAGGAGUGCAAUACCACAGCUCCAGCAGAUCCCACAGACCCCCAGCAACCAGACAAGCCAGCGGAUGAGCACUUACUGUACGUGAAGAAGACCUCAGUGGGCCGCACACAUUCUCUGCCCAAUGACAGCUACAUGUUCCUGCCGCUGCAGCCCAACUCAACCCACAGUACUCACACAACUUCACCUCACCUCACUCAAACAGGCUCUACAGGCUCUAUCCAGUCUCAAACAGAAGAACCCACAAAGCACUUGACUGUGCCCACCGAUCUGUUCAGACCGAUCAGUCCUCAUAGCCUAUCAGACUCAGAGAGCAUUCCACGAAUCCCCCCACCUCGCCGGGCACACACUCUCACACGAACCCUACGCAGACAGGUGGCAGUGAGUGCUGACUCUCAGGAGACUCUAUACACAGAGGGAGGGGAAAACGAGGGUCCCCUGGGGCUCAGGGAACUGUCGGACCCCCCUGUCAACCUUCCACCUCAGCAGCAGCACCAGCCUUCCCUCUUCCUGGUUCCUGCCACACCAGGCGCCUCCCCAAAACCAUUGCGACCUAGUGUCCACACGCAGCACAACCCCUUCGAUCAGUAUAAUGUGUUCUCCAGUCGUUCCUGCUCUCCGCCCCUCUCAUCCCCGGCCGCCAGGAAGCAGGAGGAAACAGACUCUGUGGAUCAGGAGGUUUCCAGAAUCAUCCGGGCGGGGCUUGCAGGGAGGAGCGACGAUGGGAUCAGAGAAGGGACAGGAGAUCAAGGUGCAAGACGUCAGCUUAAGAAGUACCACAGUGUGGACACUCAGGGCCAACGAUCUCUGCUGUUACCACGGCCCUUGUCCUGGCUUGAGGACCCACGUCGGCACUCCAUCGAGGUUUAUUCGUCCAUGCAAAGCAGUCCCCAGUGCAGUUCAAUCUCCUCCGGCUUCGUCUCACAUGCCGAUAGCCUCCAGCAACAGUCCUCACCAUGCAGCCGCAAGAAGAAGAUGAGUCCGCCGUGCAUUUCUGUGGAUCCACCCGAAGGUUCCAAGCUUCCGGGAGGCUUUCAUGCUGCUCUGGGGAUGGUGCCACCCCCGUUGCCAAUUCGGGACACUUGCCUGAGGAGGCGAGCUCAUUCCAGUGACUCCAAAGACUCAUUUGAUUUGGGUGGAGGAGAUGGGCUGCCUCAAGAGUGCGUCCCGAACUCCAAGCUAUUGACUCUGCCUAGCUUGUCUUUUGAGAAAACAAGCUCUGAGCACUGAACACUUGACUUACCCAUUCACACACACGCACACACAUGACACGAUGCACUCUGUGUAUCCGUGAUGGUGAUAGUAAUAGUAAUAAUAUCUUAGAGAGUAAUAAUGCUAAAUGCAACAAUGGUGAAUACUCCAUGAUCAUGAGGAAUAGUAACUAUACCUUGUAUUUUUUUCGCUACUGCCAAAAGAACACAAAAAGACAUUUUGCUGAGGAUUAAACAAGUCAAUAACGGGACUCUCUCCCCUCAAAGAUGCCAGCGGAUCUGUUAGGCAACCUCAUGACCUCCUUGUGGAGGUGAGCGCAGAGCCCAGGGGAGGGCGUCCCCUACUCACCGUUGUGAAGACUUCACAGCACUGUAUUGCUGAACUCCCUAAAGGGCACUGAUGAAGGUAUAAAGCAAUAUGAACGUUUUAGAGACACUAUUUUCUUAAAUUAUUGGAUGUAGACUUUUUUUCAAUUUUUGUUAUAGUUUUGUCUUUUUGUGAUUUUCUCUUUUUCUCAAUGUUUAAAUCAUUUGUUGUUUGCUUUAUUUUUUCACCGUAGAAUUUUUUAGCCUUCUUGUUUUAACAAAGACAAAAAGAAAGAGAAUUUUUCAAAAUGCUGGGAUCCAUGUUUUUGUAGGGAUAAUGGUAUUAUUAUUAUUAUUAUUAUUAAUAAUAAUAAUGGUGAUAUUAUAUAUCUCUUUAAAAUAAAGCAUUAAACAGCUCUUUGUUUUUUAAGCACAA